GGAAUCCACAAAGGACAUCUGCACAGAAGGCCUGGCUGCUCARUUCAACAUGGCGGACGAGUACGGAUAUUUUGUAAUGUGUAUUGAUUCUUGAAAUUGUCUUGGAAAUCUAAAGGUUACUUGGAAAUGAAGGGCGGAGAAGUAACGAAGUUGUGUCAGAUCUGUGAUAAGUGUUCAUCAAAAUACAAAUGUCCUUCUUGUUACUUAUUAUAUUGUUCGUUGACAUGUUUCAAGACUCAUAAAGAUCAGUUAUGUGAGAUAGAAACAAAUAAAAGACUGACAAAGUUACACAACAAUCAAUCAAAAGAAGUCCAAAUAAAAGACAGAGAUGAUCAUGAUGAUAACGAUGAUGAUUCUGAAGAUGAAGACAGGUUGUCACCAAAUGACUUAGAAAAACUAGGCAAAUGUGACAUGAUAAAAGGUAUGCUAAAAAACAAGGAUUUAAGAACAAUUCUUUCUGGCAUUGACAAUGCAGAAGAUCCCCCAAMAAUGCUAAGAACUGCUCUAAAUGAACCUAUAUUUACAGACUUUAUGGACCACUGCCUAAGCAUUGUUGAUCCAAAACAGGACAAAAGCGACAUUUGAUUAGAAUAACGGUAACACAUAUGGAACAGACAUUUUGUUCAAAAAAGGAAAUGACCAAAUAGAAGSGUGUCACUUAAACACUACAUGUGUAUAUUAGAGCGAAAAUAGAAGAGAAAGGCCUUUGUAUGACAUGCAAGUUGUCUUUUCAAGAGGUUUAUUACCAAAAUUAACAAUUCCAAGAACACCCUUAAGCAGAACCAUGACUUCCAGUGAAGGAAAGUAUGAACCAUUAAACUUCAUGUUAUCAUAUUGUCUUAAACUAAAAUUGAUAACAGUUGACACUAGUAGAUACAGUAAACAAUACAAAAUUCCAACCAACUUUGGUGGCUGGUUAUGCACUGUACCAGGCCCCAUGGAUAGACACAGGAUGCCCAAUCUUGACCUACAGUAUUUCAUUUGUUACAGCAGAUUUGUAACUUUUGUCAAAUUUAUGUACACUUUAGAUGCAUAUCACAUACAUUUUAAUUUUUUGAUGCUUUCCUAAAAAAAGUGCGAUAUUCCCACAUGAAACAGUUAGUACUACAUGUAUCUAUGGGUACAGAUGCAUGGRCAAAAUUUAYCAAGGCACAGAUACCCCAAAUUUAUUGCAUUAGAGGAUGAUGACAUAAUGGGUUCACUGAUCUAACCAUYCUCUGAUAUUAAGUUUGGGCUACCUGUGGCUUAAUAAUUUUACUAAUGACCUACAUAUGGUCCACAUGCCCGUAACAGAAGAAUAUACAUUUGUAUUCCAAAACCAUGAUUGUAACUAGCAACUCAAAAYGAUAACAAAAUAGUGAACUAGAUUUAAGCUGUUGUCACUUCAGGGCCACCGUACUAUUUCAAUAAUAGACUAAUAACUAAUAAAUACAAUAACUAAUAAAUAAAAUAACUAAUAGUUAAGAUAGCUUCUUAUCUAUAAUCAUACAGUUUAUUGUACACUUUCUAGUAACAUUUUCAAUAACAGCAAGCUCAUAGAUUAUAGAUAACAAUUCACUGACACUGACAGAUUGGACAUUCAAAAUGCCUGCAAGUUGUUUUCUUUUGGUAGUUGUCUUGACAGUCUAUCUAUAGUACACCCACAGAAAGACCAGUACACACAAUACUAACACAGUUGACACCCUUAAGGCCCACUUUUGAAGGGGUGUUUCUUCAGCAAAUGGUACUACAUCAAGGUACCGUAGAGUUUUGAUGUUGUCAUCUUCUGUUUUACCUUUGAACUUUAUGCAGUUCUCACCUUCUCCAGUAGUUGUAUUGUCAAUGAUUAUUCCUAGUGGAUUAUAAAAAGGCAAAAUAAUCUCUUUUUCAGUUGGAAGUGGAUGCUAUAACUCUGUAUUCCCAAAAGGUUUUUGAACCUUAAUUUUGUUUUUCAGAAUACAAUGCCUGUUUUGAGGGAUAUUGUAAUCACAUAAUUUGUUUACUGUAGUUUUGUUUUGUUUUUGGUAAAGAGGUUCUUGAGCCACAGAGUCUGUUGUCAAUWAUUAUUAAACGGMAGUUAUUCACACAGAACUAGAAAAUGAGUAUUUAUAAAAAAAUAUCUUUUUUAGCAAUAAAUAUGGAAUUUCCMACAGGCAAAGGAAGGCUAACACUUUUGGGGCCAAAGCAUAGAYGGACAAAUGAGUUUUACAAAGAUGAGUGAAAGUUUAUGGACUUAAACUGCAUUAUUUUCCCUGUAACUUUCUAAUCGUGACAUAAUUUCUGGAAAUCGUUCAAUAAAGUUAUAGUAAGUGGGCUUUCUCAGGAAUUUUAAAAGAGAGWAUAAAUGCGUAUACACACUAAAAUGCUGGCAAAUAAUAUUAUGGAUUUAUUGGCUGGUCUUCUGUGUGUACUUACCAGUUUCCAUUUCUUGUCCAACCUGAGACAACUCAUACGUGUUUCCUCCAUGAGCAGAUGAUAAUCCCUCUUCACCUAUGGCUCCAUGGGAUAUUGGACGGUCAUUGAUGGUUGGCCAUGUCAACCCACCUAACUCUUCACGUGGCACUUUACUUGUGAACAUGCUGACAACCACCUCAACAAUGCCGCACACACCAAAUAUAACCAAUGCUGUGAACAACAGUAGUAAAUAAUGUAAUAUUUGACUCUAUUAGAUGGGUGCCAAUGUUGUAUUUGAAGGCAAUUGGUAAAAAGUUUUGUUUUUUCAAUAAAAUGUACAUUAGCUGUA